GUACCUGCGUUGUUACUACUUCGCUGUCCGCAGUCUGAUCAACAUCGGGGGUCUACCUGAACCUCACACCGUCUUUGAGAUCUCCUUUCAGAUGACAAACUUUUUCACGGGCGUCUUUGUGUUCUCCAGUUUGAUUGGACAGAUGAGGGAUGUCAUCGGAGCAGCCACAGCAGGUCAGACCUAUUUCAGGUCCUCCAUGGACAACACCGUGUCCUACAUGGUCAACAACCGCAUCCCCUCUCAGGUCCAGAACCGAGUCCGCACCUGGUACACCUACACCUGGGACGCUCAGGGCAUGCUGGACGAGUCUGAGCUGCUGGAUAAGAUGCCGCUGGUGAUGAAAACCGCCAUCGCUGUGGACAUCAACCUCUCCACCUUCCAGAAGAUCGAUCUGUUCAAGGGCUGUGACCAGCAGAUGUUGGUGGACAUGUUGCUGAGACUCAAAUCUAUCAUCUAUCUACCCGGAGACUUUGUGGUCAAGAAGGGAGACAUUGGUAAAGAGAUGUACAUCAUAAAGGGCGGGGCGGUGCAGGUGGUGGGAGGACCUGACAACAGCAUCGUGUUUGUCACGCUGAAGGCCGGCUGUGUGUUCGGAGAGAUCAGUUUAUUGCAGUCGUCCAAAGACGGAGGAAACAGGCGAACGGCAAACGUAAAAGCUUACGGCUUCGCUAACCUCUUCGUCCUGGAGAAGAAGGACCUGUUUGACAUCCUGGUCCACUACCCCGAGUCUCAGAAAGUUCUGGCCAGGAAGGGACGGAAGUUAAUGAAGGCCAAGGGUCCUGCAGCCGCUAAAGUAGAUGAAGAUAAGAAGAAAGGACUCGCUCUGUUUGGACCCAAACCUCCAACGCCCAAACUGCUGCGAGCAUUUGGAGGAAAUUUUAACAAAGGACUUAUCGAGAAAAUGAAGAGUACCGCUGCAGGCCAAUGAGGACUAUGAGGAGAAUCACUUUAUGACUCCUUUUUGGGAGUCAGUGUACAGUUUGAUGUUAACCCUUUGAGUUUGAUUUUAACCCUUUGAGUCCUGUUUUGUACCGAGUGUUUUAAAAGAAAUAUUUUGUUAUAUGUAAACGUGAAAAAUCUGACCAUAUAUGAGACUCAUAUAUAUAUGACCAUAUGAGAACAUCAAAUAAUGCCAUCUUAGGUAAUGUGAGAGAAAGACUAAGCAGCUCUGGUUAAAAUGUUUGUUGAGAGGUAGCUAUAAACCAUUACAAAACUGAACUCACUGAUCUGGAGGUCAGAGUUGAAUUGCAUCAUGCACGAGUGAAAACAGUGAUUUAAACUUCUAAAGUGAGUGUUUAAAUUUGUAUGAAAUUUAAAGCAUGCAGACAGUUUAAAUUGUACUACAGUGGAUGUAAACAUGUGACUGAACGUCCUCUGUUGUCAGUUCUAAACCUGAACUCUGUACAUUUCUUCAUCUUCUCCGCAUGCAGAUAAAUAACACUCACUGUAUGA